CCGCGGUAGCCCGUGUCGCUAUCACCCAGCGGGAUUCCAUGAAUUUUUAAUACCGAUGUCCGAACGCGCCUUCCCGACCCGAUAAAACACUUAUUCAAUAAUUUCCCAUUAACUUGACUUGUUUUUUUUAUUGUUCUCAAAGUGUGGGUUGUUUUUUUCGUUGAUGAAUCGUGAGUGCACUUGCUAACUGGUGUUUUGAGUUCCUGAAGUGUAUAACAGAAGAGAUUUUCCGGCCGACGUUGUGAAAGUUAUUCGUCAGGGAGAAGCGGCAUGGCAUGAGCGGCCGCGUGGGCGCGACAUGCGGCGAGCGCCGCUCGCGCUGCCCGCCGUCGUCGCUCUUGUGCUCUCUGUUCUGCUGCGCUGCGCUGACGCCGGUUCAAUGGGUCCAGGCGUGCCCGAGAAUAUAACAGUGACGUUUCUGAACCCAACCACGGUGCGUGUCUCGUGGUCCACCACCGCGGACCUGGUGGAGAAGUAUGACGUCACGUACAAACCAUCAGACGCCAGUUACAGAGUGGUACUGGAGGUGGCAGGCAACAGUGACGCAGUGAUCCUCAGCGGACUGCAGGCUGACACGCAGUACCAGGUGACGGUCGCCGCGCUCUGGGGCGGCCACAAGUACAGGAGCAGGCCUAUUGUCUUCCGCACGCUGGAGCCCCCACGGACGUCGCCGCAGCAGGACGGGGGGUUGGGAGCACCCCGUUCCACCGUGACCCCGCCCGACCCUUCGCCCACAUUUCCAACGAUACGAGGUGUGGAGAUUGGAAUAGUUGUUCUAGUGCUGAUAGUCUGGAUCGGCGCCAUCGCUCUAUUCUUCAAUAGAUGGGGGAAAAUCCGGAUGUUACUACCCUACCAGCCAGAUUACAAACAAGAGCAAUUAAAGGUACCAGGAAGCAGUGCGUUAGCAGCGGCCACAGCGGGAGGGACUUGUGGAGCUCAUUCUGCACCGUCUGCUUGCUCGGACAUUGGAAACCAUUCUGAUCACAUGCGUUGGUCACACACACACACUCAAAGCCUGGAGUGCGAGGAACAUCUGCUGGCGCGUUGUAAUCGGCCGCGAGUCAACUCCGCCAUCUUUGUUUCCGCCGAACCCACCAGCUUCGCCGGCUUCGACCCAAGCGAGUUUCUCAGGAGACACGGCUCGCAAUCGAAACUGUGCCGUAAAGCCAGGUCAGCAGACAACAUUCCUUUGACAACAAUGAGCGACUCAUCGGAACGACUGUGUACAGUCAAAGCGCCUCGAGAAGAAACCAUUAGCGAAGAAGCGAAGUCCGACGACAGCGGUAGUGUUGAGACGGUCAAGCAUUUCGGCCUCCCCAUCCUCUCAGUGUCGGGCCCUUCUCCCCCUGACGAGGACUACGACCAAAUAGAUGAGUAUCUGUAGCAUUUCCAUACCGGUUUCCAGCUGAAAUAUGUGCUGGAAAAGAUGAGGCCGCCUUGGCCGAGUCCCGCACAAAGCCCCUAGAGCCUCGAAUACACUGCUCGCUUCGACGGUUUCGAAGUCCUGAAGAUACCUGAGUAGUGUGGCGUGGCGCUUCGUAUUCAAACGUCGGAUCGCUUCGAUUCCUCGGAAGGAAAAUCGACAACGAUCGGAAGCAAAGCAAAGUUUGUCGUAUUCUAUGAACUUUGCGAGUAGUGUUUUGAGGGUUUAUGACUUUAAUAGUCAGCAUUGCACUGAACUGUAAACUAUAGACUAUUUUCCUCGUGUGUGCUGUGUGAUACAAGAAUUUUGUAAAUGCAUCUUUGCUACAACGAAUUUUGAACUGCUACCUAUCGCUACUCAAAGUGUGUCUUCUUGAGGGACCAUGGACAAUUUCGUCGUUAUUUUGUCAAUAUUCAACUGAAUUUUAAAGUAACGCAUCUGUCUCUAUUGAGUGUUUAGAUUUGGUAAUUUAAUUCUAAUUAUCACAGUCAUAGUUUGUAAGGGAAUGCACAAUAUAUUUAUAAAGGAUUUAUCAAUUUUAACUGUGCCACUUUAAAUACUAUUUUAUUAAUUAAAUUAACCUAUAUCUAUAAUAUUAUGAUAGUAUUCCUCAUAAGCAAUUUACUCGUAAGUUUAAAUGAGCUAAUGUUUAUAAAUUUAAUUAUAAUCCAAUAAA